AUGGGUGCCAUUGAAAUCCCUCCCCUGGAGUAUACUCCUGUUGACGAGGUCGCUGACCGCGUCUCUCGCUGCCGCAAGACCUUCCAUGAACACACCACUCGCGAUGUGGAGUACCGGCUGGUCCAGCUCCGGAAGCUUUACUGGGCCAUCAAGGAUCGUGUCGACGAGAUCCACGAGGCUUUGCGUCUCGAUCUGAACCGGCCUCUCUUUGAGGCCGUCAUGGCUGAGAGUACCUGGCUGCUCAAUGACAUUGUGUUCGUUUGCCGCAAUCUCCCCAAAUGGGUCAAGGAUGAGAAGGCCGAAGAUAUCGACCUCACCUUCAAGUUUACCAGUCCCAAGAUCCGCAAGGAUCCUUUGGGUUGCGUCUUGGCUAACGGCGACCGUUAUGGGGUCAGUGCUUUCAACUACCCUUUCCAGUUGACGCUGGGUCCAGUUAUUGGCGCUAUCGCAGCGGGUAACACCGUUGUCAUCAAGCCUAGUGAAAAGUCCUCCAACUGUGCGGUGGUCAUCCAGCAGAUUAUUGAGGCUGCUCUCGACCCCUCUGCCUACACCAUCGUUCAGGGUGCUAUCCCCGAGACUCAGGCCCUGUUGGCCGAACGCUGGGACAAGAUCUUCUUCACCGGCAGUGCUAAUGUCGGUCGCAUCAUCGCUAAGGCAGCGGCUCCUAACCUCACCCCUAUUGUUCUGGAGCUGGGUGGCAUCAACCCCGCCAUCAUCUCCAAGAAUGCCGACCCCCGACUGGUCGCGCGCAGACUAUUCUGGCCCAAGCUGAUGAACGCCGGUCAGCUCUGCACGUCGCAGAACUAUCUCCUGGUCGAGAGGCCGCUUGUCGAUGCUGUCGUGGAGGAGUUCAAGAAGGUCUACAAGGAGUUCUACCCCCAGGGUGCCAAGGGCUCUGCGGACUUCUCCCAUAUCAUUGACGAUGCUUCUUUCCACCGUAUCAAGGGCAUGAUUGACAACACCAAGGGCAAGAUUGUCAUGGGUGGCAGCAUGGAUGAAACGGAGCGCUUCAUCGAGCCCACCGUUGUUGUGGUCGACUCGCCUGAAGACUCCAUGAUUACACAAGAGAGCUUUGGUCCUCUCAUUCCGAUCCUGCCUGUUGACAGCGUCGAGCAGGCUAUCCAGAUCGCCAACGGCGUCCAGUCCACGCCUCUGGGACUCUACCCGUUCGGUUCCAAGGCUGAAGUUGAGAAGAUCCUGUCACAGACCCGCUCCGGCGGUGUUGCCGUCAAUGACGCCGCCCUGCAUAUCCCCACUCUCCCCUUUGGUGGAGUUGGCGAGAGCGGUCAAGGUGCUUACAGGGGUAAGGCUAGUUUCGAUGUUUUUGUGCACCGUCGCACAAUCACCACUAGCCCUGGCUGGAUCGAAAGCUUCCUCGCCAUCCGCUACCCACCCUACAAUGGCAAGGAUGAGCUUUUUAAGAAGGCUACUACUUUGAUUCCCGACUUUGACCGCGACUGUAAGAAGGUCCAGCUGAGCUGGCUCAGAUACUUCUUGACUCUUGGUGGCGGCAGUGCCAAAUCUGGUGCUGCUCGUGCCACUGUUGUUGCUGCUGGUGAGUAA